AUGCAGUACGCCCCGUUUGCCUCGGAUAUUGACUUGCCAUUCUAUACGACGCUUGCUUCUCAUAAGAUCAACCAUGAUAAGCUGGACGACUCCGCCCGCCCCGUCCUUGGUCUCUAUGAAAUCCGUUCUACAGAUCCCGAUAAUGCUUCUUGCCGGAUACAGAUUCAUGGAAAUUCCCUUGCUUGCCAUGAGGCACCCGCCGGUUACUAUCGUGCCGAAGGUAUGAUCAAAAAUGUGAAUACGAUCGAGGAUUAUCGCAAUUUGGAUCGGUCACAUAUGAUGACCCAAGCUGGAAGGACGAUCUGGGAUGCUAUCAAUGAUGGCACUAUCUAUUCAUGUCCUUCAUUGCUUUCAUCUUUUGUUAUCCUGUCAUUUGCAGAUCUCAAAAAGUACAAGUUCUCUUAUUGGUUUGCUUUCCCUGCUCUCCAUUCCGAUCCGCCAUGGAUUCCCGCUCAAUCAGCGAGCCCGCAAUCCAACACCAACCAGGGCGAGGAUCUAAGCACUCUCCAGGGAGAGCAUCUGUCUUCAAUCGAAAGUAAUUCUCUCGUUGAAGCGGUUCAAACCUGGGGCUACAGCGUCGAUGACCGACAACGGGGCUUUUUCUUAGCUCGUAAACAAAAGCCAGAUUCGAAGGACUCUGUUCAAAACACCUGGCGGAUAGCGUCACUAUCGGAAUACGAGAAUGGUUUCUUCAACGGUGCUUCGCCUGAAAGCCGCUAUGUUUGUUUUGCAGACCCCUCGAAUUAUGAAAAGGCUCCGGGCUGGAUGCUGCGAAAUCUACUGGUCCUGGUUAGAAAACGCUGGGGUCUCAACAAGGUGCAAAUUCUCCGAUAUCGUGAUACCCAAUCGAAGCGUGAUGGGGGCCGAAGCAUGGUGUUUUCGCUACAAUCCAGUUCUGAGCCAACCAACGAGCAAUCGCAGCAGAGCCAACUGCCGAAGAUUACUGGCUGGGAGCGCAACCCAGCUGGGAAAUUGUCCGGGAGGACUGUAAACUUGGCUGAAUAUAUGGAUCCCACAAGACUAGCAGACCAAUCAGUCGAUCUUAACCUCAAACUGAUGAAAUGGCGAAUAAGUCCCACGCUAAAUCUAGAAAAGAUCAAGAAUACCAAGUGUCUACUGCUGGGCGCAGGGACUCUUGGGAGCUAUGUUGCCCGAAACCUAUUGGGCUGGGGCGUCAAAAAGAUCACAUUCGUGGAUCAAGGCAACGUCUCGUUCUCUAAUCCCGUUCGACAGCCCCUCUUCAAAUUUACAGAUUGCUUGAAUGGCGGCGCACCAAAGGCGUCUCGAGCGUCAGAAGCUCUCACGGAGAUCUACCCGGGCGUGGAAACUGCCGGCCACGUACUUUCAGUGCCGAUGGCAGGUCAUCCAAUCAUUGACGAAAAUGCAACUCGUUCAGAUUUCGAGACCCUUCGCGCACUCAUCGAUGAACACGAUGCUAUCUUCCUGCUCAUGGAUACACGCGAGUCUCGCUGGCUUCCUACAGUCAUGGGAAAGGCGGCCCGGAAAGUCGUUAUGAAUGCGGCACUCGGAUUUGAUUCAUUCGUAGUAAUGCGCCACGGCGUGUCGGCAACGGAUGACAGCCCCGCAGAACUCGGAUGCUACUUUUGCAACGAUGUCAUGGCGCCGGCAAACUCUGUCAAGGAUCAAACGCUCGAUCAGCAAUGCACAGUUACCCGGCCCGGCGUCGCGGCCAUUGCUUCUGCACUCUUGGUCGAGUUGCUUGUUUCGGUUCUCCAGCACCCAGACGGAGUCACGGCGCCGGCCCCGUUGAAAAAAGAUGAUGAUCGAGGUGAUCACCCUCUAGGACUUGUACCGCACCAGAUCCGGGGAUUCCUCGCGACGUUUGAGAAUAUCGCCGUGACGGGGAGGAGUUAUAAUUGCUGUAGUGCGUGCUCGGAUCGAGUGACGAAAGCGUACGAAGAUCAGGGGUGGGACUUUGUUCGCAGAGCUCUCAAUGAGCCUGGGUAUGUGGAGGAAUUGAGUGGGCUUAAAGAGGUUCACGAGAAGGCCGAAGCAGCACUUGCCGAAGUCGACUGGGACGAGGGCUCUGAGAAUGAAGAAAUCGAAAUUCUCUAG